AUGAACUGUGUGGGGGAAAAACUAGGAAGGGUACUGUCAACCAUGACAGAUGCAAUCUUGGCCAGAGUAUAUAAACAUUGCGACCUAAUCACACUUGCAGAAGAAGCCGCAAUCCCAGUGAUAAAUGGGUUGUCUGAUUUUGAUCAUCCUAUCCAGAUUUUAGCUGAUUAUCUUACACUCCAGGAACAUUAUAGGUCCUUGAAUGGAUUGACCCUCAGUUGGAUAGGUGAUGGAAACAAUGUUCUAAACUCUAUUCUGUUAAGUGCUGCUAAAUUUGGGAUGAAUCUUCAUGUUGCUACUCCAAAGACUGCACAAGAAGCUGCUUCUGAUUGGACUUUCUUACACUGCUUACCCAGAAAGCCAGAAGAAGUUAACGAUGAAGUAUUUUAUUCUCCAAAGUCACUAGUUUUUCAAGAGACUGAAAACAGGAAAUGGACUAUUAUGGCUGUCAUGGUUUCCCUGCUGACAGACUAUUCACCACAGAUGCAAAUGCCUAAAUUUUGA